AUGAGUCUGUCUGGUAAAUACGCAAUUGUGACUGGUGCUUCAAGAGGAUGCGGCAGAGGUAUUGCCCUUCAAUUAGCUGAAGCUGGAUGUAUUGUUUUCAUCACUGGAAGAAAGCCGAACAACAGUCUUUCUUCGAAGCUGACCUAUCUUCCCACAUUGCAAGACACUGCUGAAGAGUGCCGAAAACGUGGAGGAGAAUGCCAUCCGUUCUACGUCGAUCAUUCAAAUAUGGAUGAAGUCGAGAAAUUCUUUGAAGAGGUUUCCAACAUCACCAACGGAAAACUCCACAUUCUGGUGAACAACGCCUACUCUGCUGUCACUAAAUGCGGUUCAGGAAACACUCAAAAGUUCUAUGAAAGAGAAGUUGAUCUUUGGGACGAAGUAAACAAUGUCGGUCUUCGUAACCAUUACUAUUGCAGCGUUUAUGGCGCAAGAAUGAUGGCAAACACUGAUGAUGAGUGUCUGAUUAUUAAUGUCAGCUCUCUCGGUGGAAUUUUAUACUUGUUCAAUGUUCCUUAUGGUGCAGGAAAAAUGGCCAUUGAUAGAAUGUCUGCCGAUAUGGCACUUGAGCUUCAAAACUCAAAUAUUACCGUUGUUUCUAUUUGGCCAGGUGCUGUAAGGACAGAGCUCAUUAUCAAUAUGCUCGAGAACGAUGCGGGGUCAUGGGGAAAAACUGAAAAUGAGAUGUUCAUAAAGGGUGAAUCCAUCGAAUAUCCCGGAAAAGCUGUGGUGGCAAUCGCAUCAGAUCCAAAACAUCAUAAAUUGAACGGUGCAACUCUCAUAACCUCGGAUUUGGGUGCUUAUUACAACUUCAAAGAUAUCGAUGGUCGAAUUCCAACUAAUCUUCGUUCGUUGAAAGGACUGCUUAUGCUUGCCGGAUAUCAUUCAUUGGCAACUUGGUGUCCGGAGUGGUUCAAACUUCCAGGAUGGGCUAUCACGGUUUGGCAAAACAAAAUUCGAAGCUAA